UGCUACGUCAAUUCUGUUCGACCCGAUUCCACCAGGAUUUGAUCAAUUUCUUCACAAUUCGUGCCGAGUUGUGCUGUGCCGAACCGUCCACAUGCACCGGCUCAUUCUCAGAAAAAUCAGAAUUUCUCAUCUCUCUCGCUUCUAUCUCUCGCACACGCGCCUCGCUUCUCUCCGCUCUCUCCCGCAGAUAAUCUCUCCAAAGUAUAGAUCUCCAUAAUCUUCCAGUUGCAGUUACAUUAUGGAACUUCUACUUCUCAAAGUGCGGAUAUGUCUGGUAUUUGGGACCAUGUUGUUUUUUCUUUUUAAGUUUGGCUCUUGCAAGCGCAUUCCUAAUUUUGCAGAGGGAUAUAUUUCAGAGCCAUACUUUGAAAAAUACGGAAGUCUGCAUGAUUCAUAUUUUCAAGAUUUCCUAGCACAUGAAGUUCCACUUGGCUUAUGUGAAGUGUUUCAAAACAAAAUCAAUUCUGCACCAAAGCUGUCUAUUUUACACCGUCGUCUUAUUGGUGAAGGUUCUCACCGUCGUCUAUCUACAUCAAUCCAAUUUGAAAUAUACCAAGAAUCAGUUUCUAACUUACCUGAUCACUAUUGUGAGGCCAUUAUCAUUGAGAAACUGCCCUCUGGAGUCUUUGCAGAUCCAUUUGAGCUACAAGAUCUUCUAUACCGCGGUGUUUAUAUGAAAGCAUCUGCGUUUGGGGAUACGAAUUUAGAGUUACCGUCAAUUCAGUCAAAUCGGUCCCUAGUUGAGAUUCACAUGGAUAUUGGGUCGAAUGCAUUAACAGGAAGCAAACAUGGGAUGGAAACGAAAAUUGAACUUCCAAUACAUGCACGCUAUCCGCCUCUUGGAGACCGUGGAUAUUCAAGAACUGAAUUUGGCCUUCCUGAUCUAUUUACGCGCUGCAGCAUAAAAGGGAAGUCUAGUAGUCAAAGCUGCAUUUUUAUGUCAACUGAUAGCACUGCUAAAGUCAUCGAUGAUAGUAUUGUUUGGGAAGUACCUUCUGGAAACAAGAAACAUGCCUCAACCGUAUCGUUUCUCACUUUUGUGUCUGCAAUUUUAUCAGCUCUGUCAAUUGUCCUUGUAUCUAUCCGCCACUCCAACUUUGAGACAGAUGAUAAUAAUAGUACUUGUGUGAUUAUAAUUCGAUGAGGCAUGCAGUCUGACAGAAAUGUGUUGUGCAUAUUAAGCUUAAAUCUGCUCGGAUACAGCCAAGCAGUUAUCUGCUGCCUGGUACAUCAAAUCGAGUUUAUCCUUAAUAGGCUUAGGCAUUUCAGCAGAGCCUUCAAAUGCGUCAGAACAAUCAGACGAAGUCGCUGCAGAUAAAUGUACAUUAAGGCUUCCUUUGUCGUUCUUCUCGACAAAUCCCAGGCAAUCCUUCAAGUCAUCCACAGUUGUUUCAAAAUUUUGACGACACGUGUCAAGCACGCUUUUCUUGGUCUUGGGAGGAAGAUCUUUAACUGCUGGCUCAAGCAGUGGAUACAUCUUCUGCAACUCUAUAGCUAUAUCCAAAGUUGACUCAACUACAUUUCUCGUAGCAUCUUGUAAAGUAGUUGCUCCUCGAACCAUCUUUGUGCAGAAGUCCUUGUGAUCAGCAGUGUGGCAGAAUUCAUUUACAGGGCCGCCUUCAGAACUACCAGGGGCUUCAGAACUCCUGGGGGCUUCGCCUUCAGAACUACUGGGGGCUUCAGAACUGCUAGGGCCUUGAGAAUUUACACCGCUUGCGAAAAGACCAAGGACAAUGAUCACAGCCACUGAUAAAUUUGAAUACCCUUUAGAAGCCAUUAUUCUGGCUCCCAAAUAAAAUUUCUGGUAACUUCUUUUCUAGAUUGAUUUUUUCCUGCUUCACAGUCUUUUGCAAGGAAACGUAGAGAUUUAUAAUGGUGCUUGAUCAUAUAAUCAGUUGUUUUUUUUGUUUCGUA